UUGUCAUGGUAACAGAGGCGGGUGAGAAGCUCUCUAGACACACAGUCACUAAGCCAAACAUUACUACGUGAAUAUUGGCACACAGAGCGAACAAACCCAACCCGCUCUUCACAUCAUGGACACACACACUUUGGUUCAGCUCACUCUUACAUUCAAUGUCUGAACAAGGAUGGGGGCCUGACCACUGAAGGUCUCGCUACCAUGUCCACCGUGACGAAUCAACCUCUUCCCUACGGCCAACUGGAACGAGAGAAUCACAUCCGCGUGAUUUUCCGAGCCUUCCAGAAUAAAUGCACUCCUGUGUGCGAGUGCCAACCUCACCCACACGGAUGCAAAGCUUUUCAAAUGUCAGCCGAGCAGGUCCCGGGUGCGCCGAGGAGCGAGGAUGGCGCGGGAGGCUCCUCCAACUCUUUGAGCGUGCUGGAUGAUGUCAGUCAGUUUCAUAUCACUGCCAGACCGCAACUUGAGGGUCCGCAGUGUGUUCCUCAGAGGACCUACAGCAUUGCCACGGGAGCCAGCAGGUUCCAGUUGUUUGUGGCAGUGGAAGAGAGUUCAUGCGUGUGCCUUCAGUGUUGUGGUCCAGCUCGAUCCUGCUCCUUGCAGGGCUUCGACCAGCAGGGCCACCAGGUUUUCUACUUGGACAGACCUCUCAGGAUGGAUGCCUGCUGCCUUGGCUGUUGCCUGAUGGAAAUAAGCGCCUACACGGGCCAGAAGCAGCUCAUCGGCACCGUGUGCCAAAGGUGGAGCAUGUUCACGCCUCUCUUCGAAGUCAAAAACUCCCACGGAACGUGUGCCGUCCGAAUUCAAGGCCCAUGCUGCCCAAUUCGCUGCUUGUCAAAUCAGCAAUUUCAGAUUGUCUCCAAUAUUGGUGAGGACAUCGGGACCAUAUGGAAGAAAUGGCCCGGCUUUCACCAAGAGCAUAACAUGGACCAUGAAUAUUUUGGGAUGGAAGUGCCACUUGAGAUGGAUUCACAAACUAAACUGUUGCUACUGGCAGGCACAUUCUUACUGAAUUACAUGUUUUUUGAGAUGAGCUGAAGGACGAUAACUUACAGGUAAAAUGUUCAAAUUCAUUUGACUUAAAUAUUAACUGAAUUAUUAUAACAAUCACUUCUGUUUUUAACAUCUUUAUUCUUAAUUUUAUUUUGCCAAGGAAAACAUCUUCUGGACUGCUAUGAGGAAAUUCUAGUCCAAUUUUAUUUAUGAUAUAUAAAUUUUAAUUUUUACAAUACUCUUCUCUGUGGUGUUAAACGUACAAGAUAUUUUUAUUUUCAAUUUACAGUGACUUUGAAAGUAUUCAAGGCAGACGCUUUAUUAGCAGCAGCUGCAUAUUUAUUGCUUUUCAUCCAUUUAACGUACAUCCAUCUUCCCCAAUCGUCACCACCAAACAAAGGUGGCGUUACAGUUUUUCCAAUAGGAAAAUUGGAAAAAAACAAAACAAAAAAACUUCAGUGGAUUCAUCACACUCAUGGAUAUAAAAUGAUAAAAGCAGAAAAUGUCCGUAUUGUAAAUGGUUGACGGCAUUAAAGCACAGCCCAUUUCCUUGGACUAGUUGAGAACAGCGUAGCAGUCCCUUCGUAAGAUUUCCGAGUAUGUGUAAGUGUGCCUUUUCCUCUCUUUUUGGAAUUCUACUUCCAGGUCAGAGAAGGAGAAUCCUGGCUGAUUCAAUCUUCAGCAAUCUGUCUUUACAGAUAAAUGAUAACAGUAGAAAGUCAAGUUGGACAGAAGAAUCGCAGUUAAAACACAGCACAGUAUUACAAGAACUUCCACCACAAACCCUGUUUGAGUCCCGAGAGCGGUCGAGGAAGUCAUGUGACGUGAACAAUUAGAAAAGGGUUGAUGAAUUCAGCCAAGAACACUUUUUGUCAACAGCUUUUGAGCAAAUAGCCGAACAACAGUCCGCUAAACUUCAACUUGCUAGAAAAAACGAUUU